GUCACGAUUGAGUGUGGACUACCGAAAGCCGUCGGAAAUAACCUAAACUACUGCUUGUGUCAAACCAUUGUUUAUAAAAUUCUCUGAUUGCUGUAAGGAAAUGAAAGCUAUAAAAACUGUAGCGUUUGUUUUCUUCAUCGUUUUUCAAGUUCUCCCUCGUCCAUCUGCAACUUUCCGAGUGUUGACCCAUGGCAAGAACUUGAGAUUCGAUUCGCGAGGUGAGGGGGAUAUUGAAAUAGGACCCGACCCCACUUUCCAAUGCCCACCCAACACUCCGAUAGCUCCUCAUCCUGAAAGAUGCGAACAGUACUACACUUGUUAUCCUGGAGCUCCUGCCACCCUUUGGCAAUGCUAUUCAGACUACUUGUUUGACCUUCGCUAUUCCGGUUGUAACUUCCCGUACGAUACGGAUUGUGGCGACAGACUGCGUCCCGGUGAAACGACCGUGGCAACAACUAGGAGUCCACCAUUCUCCUGUCCGGAUAACGGAUACUAUCCAGUAUCAGCGUGCAGCGAUCAAUAUUAUUUGUGUGUCGAGGGAGACGUUUAUCCCCAGGUUUGCCCAGAUGGCAGCGUUUUCGAUCCUAACCUCUUGUACUGCGUUAUGCCUGACCAGGUGCCAACAUGCGGAGCGACAACGUCGUCAUCUCCUACAACAACUGGAAGCUCAAUCACAACCACAGUUCAGUCGCAUACUACCCCGACACCCAUCGUAUGCGAAGCUGACGGAUUCUACGCUUUUGAACCAUGUCAAACUGUGUAUUACGCCUGCGUUAAUGGAGUCGCCUAUUUCCAAGAAUGUCCAAACGGUUGGAUUUUCGUUGAGGCAGAAUCAAAAUGUAGACGUCCCGAAGAAACGGAUUGCUUCGAUUCAACAACGACGAUGGCGACACCAACUACCACCGUUAACAACUGCGAUGUAACUACUGUGGCACCAUCCGACUUUGUUUGCCCGAAUAACGAAACUGAUUUCCUUCCCAUCUACCCCGGUGCAUGUUCGGCAAAAUAUUAUACGUGCUACGUUGGAGUGGCGUACCCGCAGGAAUGCCAGCAAGGGUACAUUUUUGACGCACCAACAAGGACUUGUGUGCCCCUCGAAACUGCUGGUUGCACCCCUUGUCCCAAUUUCACCUAAGGCUUUAGAAGACGUCACUGGGAAGGUCAAACGCUAAUCAAGAAUGAAACGAUCACGCUCCAAUGCUUUUUUUUUUCAACUAAAAUGAAAUAAUGAAUAAAUGAAUUGCCUCUUUUAUCAAUAAAUAAAAAAGGCCUCGUGUAA